AUGACCUCCGCCCGAUUCUCCACAUUCCUCACACAAAUAGCCCAAGCCUUGCGCGAAGAAAAAGGCCCUCAACUUGCCUACCUCCUCAAGCCCACCAGCGAGCAUGGCAAACAGCUGGUGAAAGAAUUCAAGAACCCAACGCGGCAAUCCCUAUCGUACUAUGAGGGCAGCAUGGAGGGCCCGUGGGACGAGAUUGCGAUACAGUACGUGCUGGUCGUGAAUCACUGCGCGAAGCGACGUGCCGCAGAGGCGUUCAAGGAGGAGUGCACGCUUGUCAAUCAUCUCCUUCGGUACUUCGCGGCCAAUAGCGGAUGGACGUUGCCCGCCCUGUUUUCGAUUCUGCGGGACUUGCGAGACUUGGCGUUCGACGCAGAUCUUGAGGCAAGCUCAAGAGGGCAGGAGGGUACUGCCAACAUGGAGGAGGCUGCGCGAAUAAUCAGCAAGGCGUUCUCCAGCUGUGUCACAGACAGGCAAGCAUGGAUGUCGCCAUACGCUGAAUCGCGUAAAUGGGGCGUGUACUAUGUCGUCGGGCUCAUCCUGAAAUGCUACUUCCGGGUGAAACGAAUAUCGCUCUCGAAGAACAUCCUCCGGGCAAUCGAUGCAAACCCUGACAUUCCACCACUGUCUACAUACCCACGAUCUCAUCAAGUAACAUACAGAUAUUAUCUUGGCAUGCUGAGUUUCCUGAAUGAAGACUUCGCCAAGGCGGAGCAGGAAUUGACACUUGCGUUCUACAACUGCUAUACAAAAGCGCGUGCAAACCAGGAGAGGGUGCUAACAUACCUGAUUCCACUGCGCAUUCUCCGGGGUCAUCUACCAUCCCGCGAACUACUCGACCGCUUUCCGGUGCUUGACGACCUGUUCACACCCUUCAUCAGGGCCGUUCGAACCGGUGAUAUUCGUGCAUACGAUUCCGCGCUGGAUCAGUGUGAACGACGUCUCGUGGACCUGAACCUGUACCUUACGCUCGAAAAGGCUCGAGAGCUCUGCAUCCGUGGGCUUUUCCGCAAAGUGUGGAUCGCGUCUUCAAAAGGCACGCGAAUACCUGUGGCGAUGUUCCAUUCGUCCCUGCAGAUAGUAGGCAUGGACGUCUCACUCGAAGAGGCGGAGUGCUUCGUUGCCAACCAGGUUUACAAGGGAUUCAUGAAGGGAUACAUCUCGCAUGAGAAGCAAAUGGUUGUCUUGUCCGCUGUGAACGCUUUCCCUAGGCUGGCGGACCGACCAUCGCCUUAUGCACUGUUGUACUAG